AUGGUUUUCCCUGAUGGCCAGUCAGCUGCAUCUAAGAAAGGAGACAGAAUGUACAAAGUUCGUCAGUCUUUCAAAUUCCUUCUGUACAUUUGUCCCACACCUGACUCUGCAGCAAUAGUUUUAUUCAAUCCAACUGCUGCCAAGCAUUUUGUUAUUUCUAAUCCUUCACCUUCUGACAAGGAAGGUUAUACUGUCUGGCAACCAACAAGCUCCCCUUUUGGAUUUGAGUGUUCUUCUUCCCCAAUGCUGGUGAAGUUCCCAGGAUGUGUUGUGUUAUGCAGUUUGACACUUAAAAAGUUGGUAAUGUUAAAGGAACUGGAUAAAGAACUCAUCUCUGCUGUCAUUGCAGUUAAAAUGCAGGGAUCCAAAAGGAUACUUCGGUCUCAUGAAAUUGUGCUCCCUCCAAGUGGGCAAGUGGAAACGGAUCUUGCAUUAAAUUUUUCUUUACAGUACCCACAUUUCCUGAAAAGAGAAGGCAAUAAACUACAGAUUAUGCUACAGAGAAGAAAGCGAUAUAAAAACAGAACAAUUCUAGGCUACAAGACCCUCGCUGUAGGCUCAAUUAACAUGGCAGAGGUUAUGCAGCACCCGACAGAAGGGGGACAGGUGCUUAGUUUGUUCAGCAACCUCAAGGAAGUGGCUGCCAAAGUAGCUGAGAUCUGGAUCUUCUCUCUGUCCAGCCAACCAAUAGAUCAUGAGGACAGUACAAUGCAGACUAGCCAGAAGAUAAAAUCUACAGAUAAUUACUCUGAAGAAGAAUAUGAAAGUUUUUCCUCAGAACAAGAAGCUAGUGACGAUGCUGUACAGGGUCAGGAUAUGGAUGAUGAUGAUUUUGAUGUAGGAAAGCCAAAAAAACAGAGGAGGACGAUGGUUAGAACAACCUCAAUAACACGGCAGCAGAACUUCAAACAGAAAGUGGUUGCACUACUGAAAAGAUUUAAGGUUUCAGAUGAGGUACUGGAUUCUGAGCAGGACCCAGGAGAGCAUGCCCAAGAGGUAGAAGAAGAUUUAGAUCUUCUCUAUGACACAUUGGACAUGGAGAAUCCUACUGAUAGUGGGUCUGAUUUGGAAGAUGACGACAGCGUACUCAGCACUCCAAAACCAAAACUAAAGCCAUAUUUUGAAGGACUGUCACACUCCAGCUCUCAGACUGAAAUAGGUAGCAUCCACAGCCUUAAAAGCCAAAAGGAGCCUCCAAGCCCUCAGGUAGAAGUGUCUGAAAAAGUCAAGAGCCCAGCACCCAGGUUCCAAAUUGACAGCUUAUCAGACGCAAUAUCAUUUGAUCCAUCCCAACAGGAAUCCCCAGCAGAGGAACAUUCAUCGCUGGACACUUUCUUGGAGAAACUUCCUCCAUGUGGGAAGAUAACAAAGACAGAGUCCCUAAUCAUACCAUCUACUAGAUCAGAAGGAAAACAUACAGGUCGUCGGGGCAGAAGUACCUCACUUAAAGAGCGGCAGCCAGUCCGACCUCAGAAUGAAAGGGCAAAUAGUUUGGACAAUGAGCGGUCUCCAGAUACCAGACAUCCUCUGCAGAUACCACGAAAGACCGUGUAUGACCAGCUGAACCAUAUCCUAAGCUCUGAUGAGCGACUGCCAGAAAACAUCAUUUUAAUUAAUACUUCGGACUGGCAAGGCCAGUAUUUCUCAGAUAUCCUUCAAAAGCAUGAACUUCCAAUAGUUUGCACAUGUUCUGCUGCAGACAUCCAGGCUGCUUUCACAACAAUUGUCUCCAGAAUACAGAGAUUCUGUAACUGCAAUUCCCAGACUCCAUCACCGGUAAAGAUAGCAGUAGCAGGAGCAGAGAAUUACCUCAGUGCUGUGCUUCGACUGUUUGUAGAUCUGCUGUCACACAAAACUCCAGACUGGCUCGCUUACAUGAGAUUUCUUGUUAUUCCUCUUGGUGCUCAUCCAGUGGCUAAAUACUUGGGCUCCAUAGAUUACAAGUAUAACAGCUUCUUUCAGGACUCAGCCUGGCGAGAUUUGUUCAUCAAAUCUGAUGGGUUAACAUCAGGUCAAGAAGCCCCAGAUGUUGUAUCCAGAGUAAUGCAGUAUAUAUCUGGUGCAAACAGUGCUCUGCCGUUACCUAUAGCAGAGGCAAUGUUAACAUAUAAACAGAAAAGUCCUGAUGAAGAUUCUUGCCAAAAGUUCAUCCCUUUCAUUGGAGUUGUGAAAGUGGGAAUAGUUGAACAGUCUUCUGCAACAUCAGGUGAUUCAGAUGAUGCUGCUCCUUCUGUUUCCAGUGUCCUUUCUUCUACUCCACCUUCUGUAUCUCCAGCUGUGAAAGAAUCAUCUCCUACACCCCCUUCAUCCCCAUCUGUAACUGGAGGAUUCUCACCCUCAAGUGGUCAGAGUUUAUGCCAGAGCAGCGAACUUAUGGGACUACAGGUGGAUUAUUGGCUUGCAUGUCAGGUUGCAGAGAAAAAGAAAGAUACAGAGAAGAAGGAUUCCAGCAGUAAAAGCACACUAAAAUGCUCCUUCCGGUCCCUCCAAGUCAGCAGAUUACCUUACAGUGGAGAUCCAGUUACAAUACCUACAAUGUCUAUGACUGUUGUCAUGAAGGAAAAGAACAAAAAAGUGAUGUUUUUGCCUAAGAAAACAAAAGACAAAGAAGUGGAGGCAAAGAGUCAAGUUAUAGAAGGCAUCAGUCGACUGAUUUGCACAGCUAAGCAUCAACAAACUAUGCUACGUGUGAUGAUUGAUGGCGUGGAAUGGAAUGAUGUAAAAUUCUUCCAGCUAGCAGCACAGUGGUCUUCACAUGUUAAGCACCUCCCUGUAGGCAUAUUUGGACACUGCAAAUCUACCUUUUAGCAACCGAGGUAGAUUAAGAACUGCUACCAAGCUGGACCUGGAGCCAGUAACUAAAGAGUGCCAAUUUUCUUUCUCAGAUCCAUUUAUCUGGCUUUUCUAAUUUUGUUUAGCAUUCAUUAAAGUUUAGCUUAAAGUACAUUUUAAUGCAGAGUUGAACCACACCCUUAAACAAGUCUUAAGAUUACAAUUGUUUUAACACAGGUACUGUACUUGAAAAAAAUUCUUACAGUAUGUGAAUGGGUGAUGGUUGAAUGCAGCCUUCUGUUCAAUGAAAAGUCAAGCUGAAACUGAAUUAUGCUGAUCUUCUGGAAACAUUUAAACCAAAAUUAAGGUGAUUAUUUUUUUCUGACGAUGAAACUGAAGGUCUGAGUGUCAUGGAAGACUCAAGUGCUGCUAAACAACUUUAAAAGUACUUUGCAGACUGAAGUUAGAUUUUCCUUCAAGAAAAGCAUCCACGGUUGUAAUGUUUGCAUUAAGGGAACUUGGCACUUCAAAGAAAGGGACAACUUACUGUACAUUCUUGUAGAUACAGAAGACCGUGAGGCUCUCUGCAGUCCUAAAAGCGUUUAGGUUACUUGACCUAAUAAUUAUGGGUGAUAUAAGGUUGCAAAAAAAAAAAAAUAACUUUAUGAUGAGUGUAUUUUAGAACCAUUGUUUUUUGUUGUACAUCUUGUUUCCUCCUGCAUGUGUAAAUGUUAAUACCUGAUCCACAAAUAGUUUAACGUUGGAAAAUUGACCUGUAAGAUCCUGUUUUAGGGAUCUGUGGCACAAGAUGUCUGUAUACUGGCUUCCAGUUUCUUUGAAGCUAAUCAUAAGCAAAGUCAUACAAGGGAGCCACUAUGCAUCAGAAAUACUGAAAUACUCUUGUUUCAAAUGCUUUUUUUAUAAGGAGUAUUGUGUGUGUGCGUAAUGAAAACACAGUGCCCAUCACUCUUAUUUUUGAAACAGUAUUGUAAAUACACAAUGUAG